GUCUAAAAAAGCCGUGUCAGAUUGCCAUAGAUAAUUCAAUCAUAUAAAAAUCACAGUGUCACCCUAUUGAAGCAGUAUAAAUAGGCAUGUGAUCCUCUCGGUAGCCAUCGAUCCCUUCUUCCUUUGUCUCUUAUCAACAUGGGUUUUGGGCUGAGAGUUGUUCUUUACUUUGCUUUCGCCUUUGUUUCAACUAUUUCAUCGCUGCAUCUGGUCAUAGGUGAAAGACAUUGGCGAUGGCGUGACGAUGAGGGAUCGAGUUCCCUGCCAAAACAUGAUGAUCUCGUUACCAACUUGCCUGGCCAGCCACCUGUAGAUUUCCGCCAUUACGCUGGCUUUGUCACUGUGAAUGAACUCAAUGGAAGAGCACUUUUUUAUUGGUUCUAUGAGGCAAUGUCUCGCGCUGACCAAAAACCAUUAGUGCUUUGGCUUAAUGGAGGUCCUGGGUGCUCUUCUGUGGGAUAUGGAGCCACGCAAGAGAUUGGUCCUUUCAUAGUGGACACUGAUGGGCGUGGAAUUAAAUUUAAUAACUUCUCAUGGAAUCAAGAAGCCAAUAUGUUAUUCCUUGAAUCUCCAAUUGGAGUUGGAUUUUCUUACUCAAACACUUCUACCGAUUAUGAUAAUCUAGGAGAUGAGUUUACUGCAAAUGAUGCAUACACUUUCCUGCAUAAGUGGUUCAUGAAGUUUCCAUCAUACAGAACAAGAACUUUUUAUAUCGCUGGUGAAAGCUAUGCAGGAAAAUAUGUGCCAGAGUUGGCUGAACUUAUUUAUGACAACAACAAGGACCCUUCACUUCAUAUUAAUCUCAAUGGUAUUUUGUUGGGAAAUCCUGAAACAUAUGACGCUGAGGAUUGGAGAGGUAUGGUGGAUUAUGCAUGGAGCCAUGCAGUGGUAUCUGAUGAAACUCACAAAACCAUCACUGAAACCUGUGAUUUUAAGAGCAAUGAUACAUGGAGCAAUGAAGAUUGUAGUGAAGCUGUUGAUGAAGUGCUCAAACAGUACAAGGAGAUUGAUAUCUUCAGCCUAUACACCCCCCUGUGUAUUGCUGAUACUGCAAGUUCGGAUGACAAAUCAUUACUCCAAGUCAUGAUGAAGCGAAAAUCCAAUAUGAUGCCAAGGAUUUUGGGUGGUUUUGAUCCAUGCCUUGAUGGCUACGCAAAUGCUUUCUACAAUAAAUUGGAUGUUCAAAAAGCUCUCCACGUUAGUGAUGGUCACCAUCUUAGGAACUGGAGUAUUUGCAAUCUAAAUAUAUUUGAUGGUUGGGCAGAUUCAAAGCCAUCAGUACUGCCCAUAUACCAAAAGCUUAUUGCAGGAGGAGUUAGAAUUUGGGUUUACAGUGGAGACACGGAUGGAAGAGUUCCUGUUCUGUCCACACGAUACAGCAUAAGUGCUUUGGGAUUGCCCGUCACCAAGGCAUGGAGACCAUGGUACCAUGAGAAACAGGUCAGCGGUUGGUUUCAAGAAUACGAAGGACUUACGUUCGCAACAUUUAGGGGAGCUGGGCAUGCAGUGCCAUGCUUCAAACCCAGCAGUUCACUGGCUUUCUUCUCUGCUUUUCUCCAAGGGGAAUCCCCGACUUCCUCCCGGUGAAGUCUGUUGGAGGAUUUUUAGCUGAAAUCAGUAAUCAAAAUUAGAGAAGAAUAACAAUAAAAGCAAGGCCUAGGUGUCAACUAAAAGGAACUUGUCAAUUUAUGAAUGGCUAUUACUAUUGGACUGCAAUAAAAAAAAGGGCAAAUGAAAAAGAAUUCCUAUUUCUGAUGUUUGUGGUACCAGAUGUAAGGCAUUCCUUUAUUUUUGCUUUAAUAAUUAAUAGAGGCUGUCCCUUCUUCUCUUA